AUGAAGAAAUGCAUGGUAUUACUCGUUCUCGGCCUUGCAUCAUACGUAACAUUCAUUUCAAUAAUUAAACAGAAUGAUUUUGACAGCAAAAGCUACGAUGUUCGCAUCAUCAAUGGUUUCAGCAACAACUCAUCCUUGCCACUGGUCAUCUGGUGCGAGUCGGAAUAUAGCGGGGAUAUGGGUGGGCGGGCGCUGCAGGAGCACGAUGACUUCAGCUGGACUGUCAAAUCCGGCUUAUGGAAAACCCCAUUGUUUUUCUGUACCAUUAAAUGGGAUGGAAAAAGGAAAAAAUUUGAAGCAUUUCGAGUAACCCGUGACAGAUAUAGGUGUGAAAAAUACAGGCAAUGCUUUUGGCUGGUGAAAGAAGAUGGUUUUUACUUCAGUGAUGAUGAAGUAGCUUGGAAAAAGGAUUUUUCAUGGAUGUGA